AUAGAAAAGGAAAUAUUGCCCUUGAUAUGAAGACAGCAAAUAUUUUUUAAAUAGAAUCAAAUUGAGAAGAAUACAUGACGUGAACCGGAUGGAAGUCAUUGAUCUAAAGUGGUCGCGUUUUAUGCUGCCGCUGAAAAACAGACACUAAAUCAGUUGCUUACCGAAACGAAACGCGUGUCACGUGACAUCCCAUCAACACCUGUGGUCGGUCCGCUCACCUGACACGAAGCGUGACGUCACGCCUCCAACACCCACAAGACAGACGGCAGUUUAUCCGCCCGCGCAGCCGCGCCCGCGCACACAGCUGCUCGGCGCUCGCGAUCGACCGACGGACCGACCGACCGACCGACCGACCGACCGACCAUGGCCGCGAGGACGCGAUGGGUUCGGCCGCUGCUCCUGACGUGCCUCCUGGGGAGCUGCGUGUCACAGACAGACCUAGAUGACCGAGGCUUGACCGGCACGGAGACGGGAGACGGGAUGUGGGUCAACGCCGUGGCCAGCCAGGUCCUCAGCGGCCGCCUCACCACCGUCUUCCUCCCCGUCGUCUACAUCAUCGUGUUCGCCGUGGGGCUGCCCGCCAACGCCCUCGCCAUCUGGGUCUUCCUCUUCAGGACCAAGAAGAAGCACCCGUCCUCCAUCUACAUGGCCAACCUGGCCGUGGCCGACCUGCUCUUCGUCAUCUGGAUCCCCUUGAAGAUUGCGUACCACUUCAACGGCAACGACUGGGCCUACGGCGAGCCGCUGUGCAGGGUGCUGGUGGCCUUCUUCUACGGCAACAUGUACUGCUCCAUCGCCUUCAUCGCCUGCAUAAGCGUGCAGCGCUACCGGGCCGUGGUCCACCCGCUCUCGCGUCCGGAGAACGCCAACGGCGUCGCCGUCGGCGUGUCCGUCGCCGUGUGGGCGGUGGUCUGGCUCCUCACCGUUCCCCUCUACCUGUACGACCAGGAGGUCCGCGUGACCAACCUCGGCAUCCUCACCUGCCACGACGUCACCCGGCCCAGCCAGAAGGCAAUGGCGGCGGGCUACUUCCUGACGAUGGGGACGCUGGGGUUCGUGGCGCCCACCGCCGUGUGCGUCGUGUCCUACGUGCGCAUGCUCCGGGCUCUCCGCAACACCAUGGGGGACCCCGCCAUCGCCAAGAAGCGGCAGAAGGCCGUGGUCCUGAUCGUCACGGUGCUCGUGAUGUUCCUGGUGUGCUUCGCGCCGAGCAACAUCAUGCUGCUGGUGCACUACGGCCUCCUGCUGGGCGGCGCGGAGAACAACCUGUACGGCUUCUACGUGUCCACGCUGUGCCUGGCGAGCCUCAACAGCUGCCUGGACCCCUUCGUCUACUACUUCAUCUCGGAGGACUUCCGGGACCACGUGAGGAACACGUUCCUCUGCAGGAGCGAGAGGACGGUGGAGAGGAUGAGGGUCUCCUUCAGCGCCCUCAAGUACUCCAAGAAGAGCAAGAAGUACUCGUCCAGUUCGGGGAACACGAAGAGCACCGAGGGCUAGCUCCUCCCCCUUUUUUGGAGACGCCGCUCCGCGAUGGACUUCUUCACUGCGACUUUCUCUGCAUCUCUCAGGACCUCAUUAAAAGCUUUGAGCUGUCUAAGUUAGUUUUAGUUUUUUAACCAUGCAGUUUUAUUUUUUGUCACUUUUUAUUGUGCAUCUCAUUUAAUGCUCGCAUUAGAUUCAUUUUAUAUCUAAUCUUUGAGUCCAAGCUGCCAUUUUUAUUGAGAAGAAUUCUCCAUCAAAGCUUUGCAGAUGAUUAACAUGUGACAUGGAUUUACAUCCUUAUAUGGAUUUAUUUCUUAACAGGCAGAUCUUGUAAAGUCUGAAAUCAUUAAACUCAAAGGUGUAAAGUCAUAAAUUUUGUUUAAGAGUGUCUUUUAUAUAUUUUUCUUCUUAGUCAGUAACCUGGUUAAACGUUUUGGUCAGUGACCUUUUUUCUGUCAGGCCGGCUAAAGGUCGAGCUCUCUCUUUACCUUAUUUAAUAAAAAAGAUCCUCCAGGUUUAAUUUUUGAUGUAAAUUCAUUCCGUGCUCAAAGCCAUCAGCAUUUAUUAUGGGGUUUAUUGGAAUUUACAAAGAAAGCUAAAAUGACUAUUUUUUGUUGUCUAAUUGAAACUCAAACAAACAGUUUGAUUCUGUUUGUUUGGACUGCAGCAGAUUUCUAUUUACACCUCCAAUAAAAGCCUCUGUACGUGAGCAUGUGACUCUGUUACCUGGAUUAUGGGAUGUUCUCUAUGAUUCAACCACAAUGAGAGUUACCUGAAUAUCAUUUGUUUGGAUGUGAUAUUAUCAGACUUAUUCACACAAAUUAUGAAUCCUCGCACAACAAAGUUUUCUCUUCUAAACCACAGGAUUAAAGAUUUAUUUUCUGUCUGUUACCAAAAACAAAGGAAAUCGGUAAGUGAAAUAAAACGAAACAGAAAUAAUAGUACAUUUGCGUAAAGGUGAAAUUGAGUAUAACAUGUAAUCAAUCAGUAGAUAUGAUAUCAAACACUUCUUUUGGGAUGUAUUGGUAAUGUUUGCAUUAAACACAAGAAUUGGGGGGGGGGGAAGAUCAAAUAAUUCUGCGGCAUGAAAUAGUCUAAAUGUCCUUUUAUUCGCUUGGUGUCAGAUUCAUGUCUAUCUAUUUCAUUGUAUCAUUUAUUUAGUACAAUUGAAUAUUUGUGAGGGAUUUAAU